AUGGGGACCUGGUUUAUCAUCAUCACAUCCCUUUGCAUCCCUGCGCUUCUCAAGCUCCUCUUUGACCUUCUCUCAACUCCAGACUCCAAUCUUAAACACACUAAAAUCAAAGGUAAGCUCCCUCCGGGGCCAUUCACUUUUCCCAUCAUAGGCAACUUCUUAUGGCUUCGCAAAACCUUCUCCGACCUCGAGCCCAUCCUUCGAAACCUCCACGCCAAGUACGGCCCCGUCGUCACCCUCCCCAUCGGCCUUCGUCCUGCCAUCUUCGUUCGUAGCCACUCCCUCGCCCACCAAGCCUUGGUCCAAAAUGGAGCCGUCUUUACUGACCGCCCCGCCGCUCUCCCCACUGAAAACUUAGUUAGUAGCAACCAACACAACAUCAACACGGCCGCGUAUGGCCCCACCUGGCGUGUCCUCCGCCGCAACCUCGCUUACGAAAUGCUCCAUCCUUCGCGCUUGAAGUCCUUCUCUCAUGCCCGCUCGCGGGCCUUGCACAUCCUCGUCAGCUUCCUUAAGUCCCAUUCUCAGUGUGGAGAUUGUCAACUCGCGAACCAUUUCCAAUACUCCAUGUUCUGCGUGUUGGUUUUCAUGUGUUUCGGCGACAAUGUCGACGAGAAGAAGAUUAGGGAGAUUGAAAUGGUGGUUCGCGAACUGUUGGUAUCCUUGGAGGGAUUUGGUAUUCUUGAUUUCUGGCCGAGAUUGGGGAAAAUCCUAUUUUGGAAUCGUUGGAAGGAGCUCAAGAGGCUUUGGAAGGCUCAAGAAGACUUGUUGGUCCCUUUAAUAAGAGCCAUAACAACGAAAGAUAACCAACAUCAGCAAGCACCUACAUACGUGGAAACCUUGAUAGAUCUUGAACUCCCAGAGGAGAAGAGAAAGCUUAAAGAAGGAGAAAUGGUGACUUUGUGCUCGGAGUUUUUGGCCGCCGGCACAGACACCACGUGGACGGCGCUGGAGUGGAUCAUGGCCAAUUUGGUGAAACACCCACAUGUUCAAGAAAAGCUCUUUGCAGAGAUUAAAGAGGUUGCGGGUGGCGCAGAAGUGAUAAAAGAAGAGGAGCUAGAGAGGAUGCCAUAUCUGAAAGCGGUGGUGUUGGAAGGGCUACGGCGGCACCCGCCAGCUCACUUCGUGUUGCCUCACGCCGUGACGGAAGAGACGACAUUAGGGGGCUAUGUUGUGCCCAGAAACGCGACGGUGAAUUUCUUGGUGGCGGAGAUGGGGUGGGAUCCGGAGGUGUGGGAGGAUCCGAUGGGUUUCAAGCCGGAGAGGUUUGUGGAGGAUGGGAAAGUGGUGUUUGAUAUCGCUGGGAGCAAGGAGAUAAAGGCGAUGCCGUUUGGGGUGGGGCGGAGAAUGUGUCCUGGGUCAGGAUUGGCCAUGCUCCAUUUGGAGUACUUUGUAGCCAAUUUGGUUUGGAAUUUCGAAUGGGCGAGUGUGGAGGGAGAUGGGGUUGAUCUGUCUGAGAAGUAUGAGUUUACAACUAUGAUGAAGUAUCCAUUAAGGGCCUCCUUGUCCUCUAGGCACAAAUGAGAGUAAUUGUUGUGAAGUUGGCCAAUUAA